CACAGCGCCUUUCUUCCACUAGCUUUACUUGCUCCAUCUUCAACGGAAAUUAUGACCGAGGCUGUUCAGAAUACGUUCCGAACGUUUAUGCUUGAUGGGGCUCUCUUUGGCCCAACGGGACAGAGCAUACCCAUCGAGCUCACUCGGGUCGACGUUCCUCUAAACCUCAUUCAUCCCGCCUCUUCAGAAGGUCACAAUCCUAGUAGCAUUCUCCCUAAUGCGCCACCACGACCACCUUCACGACUUCCUCAUCCAGGAAACGCGACACUCAGUGGUUCUCUUGGCGACUUUAUUGGAGAUGGCCGCACAGGGCUUGUCUAUACCCUAUCGAACCCCCACAUUUCCGGCAUUAAUACCCACUCUGGAUCCAACGCCACCAUCCCCCCAGUUAUAUUGAAAUUCGCACGACCCAAUCGAUGUGCAGAUUUGAACCGAGAGGCAUGGUUCUACGAAGAGAUGGAAUGUCUACAGGGUGUGGCACUCGCGCGCUGUUACGGUCUAUACGAGGCGGACGUACCUUCGUCGUCACAGUGCAGCAUUCGUCUACCACCCAACGGAUGGACAGUGCUUGACGAGGAGGAGAGUCCAGAUAAAUACGUUGAUGCUGAGCAACACCCGAGACUGACCGAGCUGCGAGAAAGGCGGGACAGGUUGUCGGUCCUAGUGCUGGAACGGUUAGGCGACGGCAUUCCUGUAGGAAAGCCUAUUUCAUCGGAUGUCCGGGAGGAUCUCAUGAGCCUAAUCGACGAAAUCGGCCAUCUUGGUAUUCGCAACUGCAAUGACAUACGCUGGGCGAACAUCCUUCGAGCGCCACAACCGACGCCACGACAGCCAUCCCUCGGACCUGGACCAUCCACCAAUGGCAGCGAUAGUGGCAUCGUCCUACCUAGCCUCGUGUCGCCAUAUACGAACCGCACGCACGACUGGCGCAUCAUCGACUUUGAGCUAGCGGAGAAGACAUGUCAGACCGCGAAAUAUUUAAGGUUGCAGCACCAUAUGUGGCUGAAGGAUAUAUUGGAGGGAUUGCCGAAGGGGUAUGUGGCGGGUGAGCGAGUGAGUGAAUGAUGGGUUCUAUAUGAAGGUUGAGCGAAGA